UUCUUUACAGCAACAAGCCAGACCAGUUCAAGCAAUGGAAAACUCAUACAUAAUAGCAAUAGACUUUGGAACUGCAUAUAGUGGAUAUGUCUUCAAUAUCACACCCAGUGAUGAAAAGCCAGACCCCCACUUAAAGAAGUGGGGAAAAGAAAUUGGACUGGACACUCCAAAGACUCCAACCUGCAUCUUGUUUGAUGAAUCUGAAGAAUUUGUGGCUUUUGGUUAUCAGGCCACAGCAACAUACAACUGCAUGAGAGGGGAAACUGGAAAGAAACACUAUUUCUUUCAAAAUUUUAAGAUGGCUCUCUAUGGAAAAGAACUUAGAAGGGAUAUGAAGAUCAAAGCAGCCAAUGGGAAGGAAAUGACGGCCCUGAAGGUUUUUACAGAAGCUUUGAGAUUUCUGAAGGACGACGCAUUAAAAACCAUUAGUUCCAAUGCAGCAGGUAUGGUACUCUUGGCCUCUGACUUCACCUGGGUCCUGACCGUUCCUGCCAUCUGGGAUCAGUCAGCAAAACAGUUCAUGAGAGAAGCUGCAAUGGAGGCAGGUAUUGUGGAAAAGGAAUCUGAGGAAAAACUGGUGAUAGCACUGGAACCAGAAGCUGCUUCAAUCUGGUGUAAGAAGCUUCCAUCAGAUGGAUUCAUCGCAGAAAAACACAACGGCACUUCUUUGGAUCAACGUCAAGGAUCUCAGUACAUUGUUGUUGACUGUGGAGGAGGAACCAUUGACAUCACUGUUCAUGAAGUCCUGGAAGGAGGAGCCUUAAAGGAGCUGCACAAAGCCUCUGGAAACGAUCUGGGAGGACAAACUGUGGACAGGAAGUUUAAAGAGUUCCUUAGAGAAAUAUUCACUGAUGGAGUCUGGGAUGAAUAUGAAGAAAAAUAUCCCAGUGAGAUUCAGAGAAUGAUGUAUGAUUUUACCCAUCUCAAACAGUCAGGUGAAGAUGUUCAGAUCCCGUGUCCAUUUAAUCUGGGACAAGUAGCUCAGAAAAAGAAAAACUUAGAGAAGUUCUUUGAGUCUGUGAAAGGUGCGUCCUGGAACGAGGGAUCAAUAAAAAUUUCCAAAGAAAAAAUGAGAUAUUUCUUUGAGGAAAGUGUGAUGGGCAUCACCGGGAAUCUUAGGGAAAUCCUUGAUAAAAAUUACAGAAUUGAGUACGUUUUGUUAGUUGGGGGUUUCGCGAAUAGCCAGAUUCUGCAGCAGUACAUUAUUGAUCAGUUUAGUGAUACCUGUAGGAUUCUGUGUCCUUUCAGAGCUCAGGAAGCAAUCAUGAGAGGAGCUGUUGAGUUUGGAAGAAAACCGUCCUGGGUUGCAUCUCGAAAAAGCCCCUACACAUACGGGGUGGCUCUCUGUGAGCCCUUUGAUGAGAUCAAACAUAAGCCAGAAAAGAAAUUCAUGAUUGGUGAGGAGGAAUGGUGCUGUGAUAGGUUCAUGACAUUGGUGCAAGCAGGUGAAGAUGUCUGGUGGGAUGAGAUUAGAGAACUCAUCCUUCGACCGGUAGACAAAGAUCAGACAUGCAUGGUGAUGAGAUUUUAUCGCACAGAAAGGAUCUUUCCUUAUUAUGUUGAUGACUUGGGAGUUGAAGAAGCUGGUUCAUUUGAUGUUCCAAUGCCUAACAUUAGUGAAGGUAGAGGGCGCCAGGUGAAGUUAGAAAUCAGGUUCGGCUCCACAGAGAUAACAGCUACAGACACAGACACGACUUCUGGUUCAAAAGGGUUAAUCAAGUUUGACUUUAUUAGGACAGAUGAUCCAAGGUGUGUUGAGCCUUAUUUAUAUUACUCUCCAGACGGAAAAACACUACCAGAAUGAGAUUAAUGUAGAAGAAUCAGAGUACGGUAAUCAGUUUUUGUUUAACUGUGCUGCUGAACUUUUUUGUCCUUAUUUUUUUAGUAUGAAACUUUGUUGUCAAUAUCAAAUGGUUAAAAUAUCAACUUUUGCUUAAAGACUUUUAAAGUCCUUGAAUUUCUUAAACGAGUUUAUCAUGAUCUGCAACCUGUAAAUGAAGAAACUUUGCAGACCUUCGUAAGAAUGAUCAAAAAUCAACCUUAAUCACACAUAACAUGAACCAUGUCUUUAGCAAUUGGGGAUUCACAUGAAGAAACAAAAAAUUGAGUUUAAAUCAGUUAAUUGAUGUUUGUUAGGUAAAUUGUAUAUAUUAUCAAAUAUUUGUUGUUUCAUGUGCCUUUAUAAUG